GAAGUUACAGUAGUGAGCCAACAUGGCAGACGGCAAAGGUGGCUCGUUUACCAAGGUCGUCCAAAAACACGCCGGACGUGCAAAAGAACGAAUCCUCCAGAACCUGGGGAGGGCCGACAAAACGAAGGACGAGGUCUUCGAAGUCUAUCUCUACAACUUCACCCGGCAACAGAAUGCAGCGGCCAAGCUGCAGAAGGAGUUCAAGAACUAUGUGGUGUGCAUCAAGAGCCUGCAGCUGGCCAGCAAAGCCCUCAUGGACACCCUGAGCGAGAUCUACGAACAGGAGUGGGUCGGCCACGAGCAAAUCCCCGUCAAGGCACAGACGCUGGAGUUGCUGUGGGACGACUACCACCGCAAGAUGAACGACCAGGUGAUGGCGCCUCUCAACAGCUACAUCAAUCAGUUCACAGACGUCAGGGGCAGGAUAGCCAAGCGGGGCCGCAAGCUUGUGGACUACGACAAGGCACGGCACAGCGUGGAAAGUCUGCGCAACUCGGCCAAGAAGAAGGACGACUACAAGCUCGGCAAGGCGAGGGAAGAGCUUGAGGAUGCAAAACAAAUGUACGAAGUGAUCAACAACGAACUCCACGACGAGCUGCCUGCACUGUACGACAGCCGUAUCCCGUUCCUGGUGUCCAAGCUGCAGACAUUCUUUGCGGCGGAGAGCACGUUCCAUGCGGAGAACUCAACAGUGUUUGCCUUCCUGGUGGAGGCAAUGCAGAAGCUGGCCCUGGAGGGGCCCCAGCUGUCCUCUAGCUCUGCCUUCCACAGGAGCCCCCACGGCCUGCCCAACUCGGUCUCCAGGGAGGCUGACACCCGGCCCUACGAGGAGAUUGAGUUCAAGAAGGGUAAGAGCAAUCGUGCCAGCGACAUUUCCAUCAAGGUUACCGAAACCAAUGGCCAGCUCAGCACCCCUCCCCUGAUGGCGUCGCCCGUGCGCAGCGCUGCCCGCCUGGAGCAGGAGGAUUCCUCCUUUGUGAACACCCCGGGCUACCGGGGCAGCUACACGGGGGACCACAAUGGCCAGGCACCCGUGGCCCGCAAGAGGGAUGAGAAGGACUACGAGCCUGUCGAUGUUGGGGCCCAGAUCAACAAGGAGCACCACGCUGACAGGAACCUGGAAGAACUGUACGACAUCCCUGUUGGAGCCACCACUACCGACCUCCCAGCUGGAGUCCUUUACAGGGUGCGUGCCACUUACAAGUACACGGCUGAGGAUGUGGAUGAACUCAACUUUGAAAGCGGAGAGAUCAUCAGGGUGAUUGAGUACGACGACCCUGAGGAGCAGGAGGAAGGCUGGCUCAUGGGAAUCAAGGAGUCAUCCGGAGAAAAAGGCCUGUUCCCAGCCAACUUCACGCGCCCCAUCUGAACCCCCCGUGCCAAGCCCCCGGCCAGUCCAGGGAUCCCCGCCAGUGGGCCCAAGGAGCGAAGCCGACCCGUUCUGUCCAGCCCCUGUCCUCGCGUGUCGAGUAGUGCCUACUAAUAGGAUUAUAUUCUGCGGGAAGAACAGCAUUGCUCAUAUCCCAGACGCGCGUCACACUCAAGGGGAGAUGCGAACCGCUGACGGCAUUUGCCGCAUCCCUCUGCGCGGUCCAAACUAACGUCCACGGCGGUCGCUAGGUUGCCUUCUUUUCUCGCCGAGGUACUUACGCUAUGCAAGCGGUAAUUGUUGUACAUAGAGAUCCACGUAGCGAAUGCACAGCCCGUAGGAGUCACCUCACGCGUGCGGGAGACUGCGUGUCGGCGAUCGAUCCCUCGCCCGUUCUGCUUGCUGACAAUCAUCGAGCACUUGUCCCCCAUACUUCCCUUCGAUCCCUUUUGGUGCGAUUGCUUUCUACGCUUUUGUCUGUCGAGCAGAUUACCUGCAGCCAAGGAGAGUUUGUUUUCCAGACCUAGGGGGGGACGUUUGUUUGUGCUCGGCCUUUUUUAGCGACGAUCUAGAGUGGUCAAGGUCGCCUUCCGAGAGGAUGUAGUCAACGGCGCUCUCGUAGCGAUGCCGAGAUUUUGUUUAUGGCGAGGCUGUGUUUCGCUGUGAGCCGGUUUGCGAAUGUUGCCCUCCCUCGCCAAACCCACGCAAGCACCUCGAGUAUCUCGCAGGCGUCGACCGUCUACGAGUCUUGGCUCCGCGAGCCAAUUGUCCCUUUGGCCGAGCCGGCAGGGGGCCGAUUUCGCCCUUGGAGUCCGGCCCCAGCAGUUGCCAAGGCCUCGAGGUCGCGUUGCACUGCAGGGCCUCAGAGGGGGCACUUUAAGGGACCCACAGAAUGGCUGUUCUUCAGCACACUCAGAAAAAUAACUGGCCACAAGCUCAUUGUGUUUUUGCAAUACCCUGCGCAUAAUUACCGACGCUUUCGUACCUUUAGGAAAUCUCACUCGGCUGCCUUCUUUUGGGGGGAUCUCUGGGUCUACUAAUCGACUGUCUUCCCGGGCGUUCAUGUAGUAUAGAGUGUGUUGCUGCUGGAAAUAGCUGUUUUAUUUAUUGUAGUUGGCAUACCAUCUUCCUUUGUGGCCCAUGCUGUAACUUUAUUUUACUUUGUCCAUAACGUUGUCCACAUUUUCGGAAGAGAACAAACAAAUCUUUGGUGCUUACAUUGGUCCUUUAUCAGAUGGAUAUGCUUUAAGCUUUUAUUUGAACAAAAACUUUGGCUGUCAUGUUGGUUUCCCACCCUGGUGUGCAUGGAGUCAUACGACAAAUUUUUUUUAGCGUGCCUAAAUUUACGAUUGAAACUUUGCCAGUCCAGUACCUGGAAAAUUGUUUGUUUAAGUUCUGUUGUUGUUACGUUAAAUGAAUCGAUGCUAAUGCAGAUAUAGAAGUUGGCAUUUUGACUCGAUUGCAAAACUGCUCCCUGUUUGCUGUCGAGUUACGGUGGGAAUGAAUGAAUGGCGGGAACACGGAUGUGGCAGAUGGUUAGAGCAGUCUCUAUGGUCUGGGUGCCUGCUGUUUACUGUUGCCUAUGCACCUGUUUGUGCCACUGUGGUAGGGAGUGUAGCAAAUUCCUCUCAUUUGUACCACGUCCCACCUAGGCAGUGUCAAGGCACCCGCAACGUGCCAUUGGCUGCGUCUCGUGGAAAGUAAUAACAGUUCCACUGACGAGCAGUGGAACCGGCACAGAGCCACCAACUGCUCUCUAUGCUCUAGUGCCAUCUGGACUCCCGACGUGGGCAGUCUUCUUCUGCCACGAGUCACCAAAGCUCAAUAGCGAGGAAAUUAUAACUACAUAUUCGAGAGGCACGUUUCUCUCCUCGCAAUCUAGAACUUCCAGAGUCUCUUCCAAAUAUACUGCCAUUUCCUUCUUUCUCCGAAUGUGCCGACGUUCGUUGGAGUACAAUCUUCGUCCAGCUCGGUGCUGUUUUACGCGGCAUCUCUUCGGCACUCGUCCGUGCAUGGCAGCUGUAGGAUUUUUGUAAAAUGGCACAUCGACAGCUAGUUUUUGAGACUUGUACAAGUGACAUAAUAUGUGCUCGCAACUUUACCCCAGCUCUUUGUCACUGACCUUAAACUGUUUUUGUAAAUGCGUGUGCAUAAAAGUAUCCAAAAAGCAUUUGUAUGAUACCUUAUUUGUAUAGUCUAACAAUAGAGAACUAUGUGAACAACAUGUGUCAAGACCUACUAUACCUAGCGAGAGAGCCAAUAUUUAUGAGAAUUUACCGUUCAUAACUAGACAAGGUUUACCUCACUGGACAGUCUCUGCCCCCAUGUCGCACCUUGUUUUCCUUUUCUUUGUGUGUGUUUGUGUGCUGCGUGUGAACCCCGAACAGAGUGAGGGUGAACGUGCCACUUUCUGCCACACAUUUGAUUCCCGGAAGCUGCCUCGACUGGGACGGCACGAAAGCUGGUUGUCCUCUUCACAUUGACACAAUAGCCUGCUUGCUGCUGUACACAGGAAAGGCAGAGCACGUCUCUCGGGUUGUUUGUGCGCUGGAGUGAAUGCUCAAAGAUUCCUUUGUUGUGUUACCAUUUCACUGGCGUAUUGUGAAACUUGCUUCUGUUCUUUUCAACUCGGACUGUAGCUUGUUUUUAAUGUAGUGUAUAAAAAGUACCCCAAAA